UGUAAUAAUAUUUCUAAGUGAAUCAAAAUGGAGGACGAUGUGUAUGAUUUGUGUGUAGUUGGAGCUGGAAUGAUAGGGUCUGCAGUAGCAAAAUAUGCAUCAGAAUGGAGUCGUGUUUGUUUAGUUGGACCAGAAGAACCAAAGGAAAGGGAUGUUAAUUGUAAGAGAGAUAUAUUUGGAUGUCACUAUGAUGAGGGAAGAAUUGUGAGAUGUUUAGCUCAUGACCCUAUCUGGACACAGAUGGCACGUAUUUCUAUGUCAAGGUACAGACAAAUAGAAAGUGAUUCAGGAAUAGAUUUUUAUGAUGAAGUUGGAUCAUUAGUAGCAGGAGGAAAGGAUACAAAAUUUAUGAUUGACAAUGAAAUGGUUUCAAAGGAACAACAGCUGGAAAGUGAGAUACUGUCAUACGAGACACUCAAAACGAAGUUUCCACUUUUAAAUUUCUCUGACAAAGAUCACGGUUUAUAUGAAGUUCAGGCCGGACAUAUCAGUGCAAGACAUUUGGUCAGUGCUCAAAUUAAGCUAGCUAAAUCCAAGGGUUGUACAUACAUCAAUGAAAUUGUUGAAAAAGUUACUGAGAUGGAAAAAGAUGGCAAUAGUAUAAUGAAUGUUAUAACAGAAUCAGGCAAACAAGUAUUAUGCAAGAAAGUCCUACUAGCCACUGGUGCAUUUACAGCUUUCAGAAAUCUACUUCCUGUAGAUCAAGAGUUGGACGUAGGAUUGUGUCCCCUUACCACUGCUAUGAUUGAAGUAACUGCUGAUAAUUUCACGAACAUGAGAAAUUAUCCCGCUGUAAUAUAUUUCGGAAAAGGAGCCGAUAGUUGGAAGAAGGAUUACCCGCGCUCAAAAGAUGGUGACUACAACUGGUAUAUGUUGCCGCCUAUCAAAUAUCCAGAUGAGAAGUACUAUAUAAAGCUAGGACAUUUACAGCAUGCUACAUCUAAACGUUUUACCAGUAGCUUGGAAGUAAAGGAAUGGUAUUGUAGUGAUGGAGACAAAACACUCGUCAAUGAUACAGUUGAUCUUUUCAAAACUGUCGUUCAAGGAGUUAAACCGAUUUCCUACCAUGGUGAUAGCUGUGUUAUAACAACAACCCCAACUAAACGACCAUACAUAGACACAAUACAUCCACAGCUAGGUGUCGCUGUCGGUGGGAAUGCGUACGCAGCAAAAUCUAGUGACGAGAUAGGACGGAUAGCUGCUGUGAUGAUGAUGAAAAAUGAAUGGGAUUCAUCCUUAGAAAAGACAGAUUUCAAAAUAAAAGAGACAAAACGUCAAACUGACAGUUUACAUCUGCAACUGAUACUUGCGUAUGUCUUUAAAUGAAUUGAAUAAGUCAGGAAUAUGAAAGUGGUUUUACAUUCGUUUGAUGUGUUUGUGUUUUGGCUUUUUGGUUUUGUCUUUUUUAUAAAUGACUUUCCGUUUUGAAUUUUCCUUGGAGUUCGGUAUUAUUGUAUUUUACUUUCUCCACAUCAAUCAAGGAUUUCAGCAACCAUAAGCUAUUCAUUUCUGCAAGGUUUACAGCACGAUCUACUUCAACAGUGUUAUAAUCGUAACGAACAAUCGGCAUAUUGUCUUGUAUGAUCCUUGUUAUUAUCACCAGAAACCAAAAACCCGAACUUCUAUGAACUGAAAUAUCAUUUUGUUAUCAAUUUUUGCAAAUGUGUUGGUUUUUUUUAAAUUUCUACUACAUAAUGUUAAGAACCAUUAUAACGAUAUUUAAAAUAGAAAUAAAGGUUUUUUUAUCGAAAGUCUGAAAAAAUGUGUGUGUUUACAUUAUUUUGACCUUCA